AUGUUCACUCUUCAAGAAACAAUUCAAGCUAAUAUUAUUUCAACGGAUAACCAAAUCCGAACACUCAAUAACGCCCUUCACAAAACUCACGAAGAGCAAGAGGCUCUAUUAUCGCAGAAUACAAUAGAGCUCAGGGCCCUCACAAACGUAUAUGACCGUCGGUCGAAACUCGUGCGCGAGCGCGAUCCCGAUAUGUAUACGGCGGCACAAUGGGUCCAACAGAAUAAGGCCCAGUUUAAAUGUCCUGUCUUCUUGCCUGUAUACAUGGAAAUAAUAAUAAAAGAAGACAGGCACAUAGACCUUGUUGAAGCCGUGGCAGGAGAAGAGUUAUUAAAAACCUUCACCUGCCAAACCGUCGAAGAUUACAACCUCUUUAUGAGGGAAGUAAUCGACGCGCAAAAUUUGCGCGUUAACGUAGUGUGGUGCGGCAGUCAAACUCUGGGAGAGUACAGGUCGCUGCGACCCGUCCAAGAGUUACGACGGUAUGGCGUGGAGGGCUAUCUUCUGGACCAAGUUGAGGGUCCAGAACCCGUUCUUACUGUACUUUGUGCUCAGGCUGACUUUCACGCAGUGGCAUACGUCCCCGAAGAAAUCGACCAUCAAUUAAUAGUCGAAUCCGUAAGAUCGUUCGGAUCUUUCACAUAUAUCUGUGGCGAUACGAUAUACAAUGUUCGAUUUUCGACGUAUGGGCAAAGACUGCCGCUCGUGACCACUUGCCGAUGGAACAGGGCGGUAUUUCUGACCGACUUGGAGGACAUACAAAAAACCCGAGAAAUAUGGACGAAGCUUCGUUCUUUUAGAGAACGAAUCGAGCAUCUAAGCCAAAUUCUGGAAAAUUUAAUGGCGGAGACUACCGUUCUCAGUGCGGAUAGAGCAGCACUGCAAACGCAAGAGAGGCAGUUAGUGACAAUGCAUAAGGAAUAUGAGGACGCGAUUGUCAAGUUUCGUGAGUAG